GGUGGUGCGCAGAGCAGACACAAGGAGAGACGGUUUCUCGCAGCCACCCCGGCUGGCGGACCACUGACCUCGCUGGUGUGAGGUCCUAGAGAGCCGCGAUGAACCUGAUCAACACCGACGCGGAGAACCGCGUGGUGCUGAAUGUGGGCGGCAUCCGGCACGAAGUGUACAAGGCGACGCUGAAGAAGAUCCCGGCGACGCGCCUGUCGCGGCUGACGGAGGCGCUCGCCAACUACGACCCCGUCCUCAACGAGUACUUCUUCGACCGGCACCCGGGCGUGUUCGCGCAGGUGCUCAACUACUACCGCACCGGCAAGCUGCACUACCCCACCGACGUGUGCGGACCGCUCUUCGAGGAGGAGCUCGAGUUCUGGGGGCUCGACUCCAACCAGGUCGAGCCCUGCUGCUGGAUGACCUACACCCAGCACCGGGACACGCAGGAGACGCUGGCCGUGCUGGACAGGCUGGACCUGGACACGGAGAAGCCCAGCGACGAGGAGAUCGCCCGCAAGUUCGGCUUCGAGGAGGACUACUUCAACGGAACGCUCUCCAGGUGGCAACACAUCAAGCCCAAGAUAUGGUCCCUCUUCGACGAACCCUACUCCUCCAACGCCGCCAAGUUGAUCGGUGUGAUAUCGGUGUUCUUCAUUUGUGUUUCGAUCGUGUCGUUCUGCCUAAAGACUCACCCGGACAUGCGAGUGCCGUUCCUGGUAAACCGCACAGUGUCUACCCCAGACAAUGCCACCACGUGGGUGCUGUACAAAACUAAGACGAAGGCGCACGACGCCUUCGACUACAUAGAGUGCGUGUGCAACGCGUGGUUUACUUUAGAAUUUUUUAUCCGUUUUAUCGCGUCGCCCAACCGUCUGGACUUCAUAAAGGCGUCCGUCAACAUCAUCGACUACGUAGCGACGCUCAGCUUCUACAUCGACCUAACGCUGAACCACGUCGCCUCGGACCUGCGCAACGCGGACAUCCUCGAGUUCUUUAGCAUCAUCCGCAUCAUGCGGCUGUUCAAGCUGACGCGACACUCGUCCGGCCUCAAGAUCCUCAUCCAGACGUUCCGGGCGUCGGCCAAGGAGCUGACGCUGCUCGUCUUCUUCCUGGUGCUGGGCAUCGUCAUCUUCGCGAGCCUCGUCUACUACGCGGAGAGGAUACAGACCAACCCGGAGAACGACUUCAGGAGCAUCCCGCUGGGCUUGUGGUGGGCGCUCGAGACGAUGACGACCGUCGGCUACGGCGACAUGGUGCCCAAGACGUACGUGGGCAUGUUCGUGGGAGCGCUGUGCGCCCUGGCCGGCGUGCUCACCAUCGCCCUGCCGGUGCCCGUCAUCGUCAGCAACUUCACCAUGUACUACUCGCACACGCAGGCGAGGGCCAAGCUGCCCAAGAAGCGGCGGCGCGUGCUGCCCGUCGAGCAGCCCAGAGGCCCGCGUUACGCGACCGGCGUCGGUCCAGGGGUCGGGAUGGCCUGUCCGCAGAACAGGCGCAUGAACGCCAUCAAGGCCAACCACCCCAAGGACGCGCUGGUGCCGUCCAAAAUCGCUGAAAACGAGCGUCGAAACUCGACGCUUCGCACCAACGGCACCAGCAAGAGCAGCAGCGGAGCCGCCGUAGCACCCGUUGGCGCGGACCUCAAUGGCUCCGCCCCCAACUGAGCACAUAGCGAAGCGCCGCAACGGCUGCUGCAGGUGUUGCACUCACUAUGAGUUUCAAUCCGAAUGGGGUAGGCACAGUCACUGUCAACAAGAUACUUUCAACGAAUUCUGAAUCCACUCCUACUGCCAGUUCACAGAUUGUUAAGCCAGGACAGUAUCAAUAAAAGUGAUCUGACAGCUUCCUUUAAAAGUCAAAUUAACACAAUGCAUUAGAAGUGAAAUAAGUUGAUAAUUAAUACAAGGAAAGUAAGCAAGAGAAUAUGAGAAGUUAUAGUCACAACUGAAUAUUUUUAAUGUUCUUUUUUUGUAAAACCAGAGUGUGCUCCUGUA